AUGCACUCGGAUGAUGGUGCAUCGAUUAUGGUCAGCGAUGAUGCCUUGCCUGCAAUGGUUGAAGAUAUGAUUGAGGUGAUUAAGUGCGUCUCCUUGAGCUUGGUUGACAUGAGCAACAUCAGUAUCAGUGCCCUGCACUUCUUCAGACAGACCAAUGUUUCUCAAGAGAACCUUCAGCAGAUCCGUAGACCCACGCAUCGCCCGCCAUCCUUAACGCGCCAACGUAACCCUUUUAUGAAAUCCAUCACUGCUAUCUCCCGAUUCAACAGAUCCAUCGUUAGUCCGCCACAACAGUCGCUAUCAUUUAUUGAUAUAUCGAGAUCUGCAUCAGUAUCAUCCGGUAUUAAAACACAAGGACUCAUAGUGGCAUCACCAAUCACUCCAUCUGCAACAUCCUUUGCUAAAACAGAGCGAAGCUUAUCACUAAACACUUCAUACAGCUCAUCAGCUCCAAUCUCAGUGGACACCUUGUCCGGAGCUGAUAAACAAAGUAACACAUGCGAUAAAUACGAAGAGUAUAGCGAAUACCAUGACACAAGAUGUGUCUUUACGAUAGGAGAGCCUACAAGGAAGAGCGGAGGGCCCCAUGUCCGGUGUAUUGAUGAAAACGAUGAUGACAGUCCCAGUAUGAGCGACAACGGAUUAUAUAGUACCACAAGUAACUAUAACAGUCGCAGGUACCGACACCAUCAUCGCUGA